AUGUUGUGGCCUUUUACGUGGUUCCUUGCAGUCAUGCUUAUCGGAGUCGACUAUGGCCUGUCCUACCUGUCAGAGAUGGCAGAUACCAUGAUUGCAAUGGGCAUCGAGCCGGACCUUGGAUAUCAAGAUGCUGUUCUUUAUCUCGGAUUCGAAAAGGCUUACGAGCUUACUGGCGAUCAGAAAUAUCUGGACUGGUACAUCGGCAAGAUCGACGGCCCCGUUGUUCAAGAGGACGGGUCGAUCAAAGGCCUCAAUACAUCGCGGUACAUCCUUGACGAGUACCGAAUGGGGCACAACUAUCUGUACCUUUUUAAUGAAACUGGAGAGUCAAAGUACGAGACGGCUGCCAAUACGGUCAGACGUAUGCUGGACUCUUAUCCUCGCACCCCUUCCGGGGGCUUCUGGCACCAACAAUUCUUUCCCAAUCAAAUGUGGCUAGAUGGUAUCUACAUGGCAGAUUCAUUCUAUGCCAGAUGGACGCAUCUCUAUGACUCGGACAAUAACACAGCUUGGGACGACAUCCUUCUACAGUACGAGCUCAUACACGAGAACACCAUUAACGAGACAACUGGCCUUCACGUGCACGGAUGGGUCGAAGGAGAAGCGUCGUGGGCUGACCCCAAAACUGGCCGAGCGCCCAAUGUCUGGGGCCGUGCUCUUGGUUGGUACUUCAUGGCCCUCGUUGAAGUACUGCAGUACUUCCCCACGUCGCAUCCCGGGUAUGACCAGCUCCUCGGAUACCUUGGAUCUCUCGCAAAGGGUCUUAAAGACUCGCGCGACUCAGAUCUUGGCAGCUGGUGGCAAGUCAUGAAUGAACCUUACCCUGAACGCGAGGGGAACUUUAUCGAGAGCAGCGGCUCCUCCAUGUUUACGUGGGGAUUGUUGAAGGCUGUUGAUUUGGGAUACCUUGACUCGGAUGAGUAUCUCGGAACUGCUAAGGAUGCGUUCACAAGCUUGAUUGACAACUUUGUGACGCAAGGUGAAGAUGGGUCGUUGGUGCUGAAUAGCACGGUCGCUGAAUGUGGUUUGACCAGUUCGAAUGUCACGUUUGAAUACUACACCAGCAGACCAAAGCUGGAGAAUGGGCAAAAUGGUGUCGGUAACAACAGGGCGUCGGACGUCAACAACUAUGCCAAUUUUGCUGCAGCUGCAGAAUCUGAUGCCCUUUUGGAAAUGGCACUGCUUUCUCUUCUCAAUCAUUAUCAUUCUGCCUCACUCAGUAUCUCCUCUUUUGCGCAUCUCGGCACUGAUGUCGGAGAACGAACAUCCGAGUCGGAAUAG